CUUCCGUUAUAUUCAACAUAUUUGUCUAUCUUAUGUCUGACCUACUCUUUCUUUACACUCCUCUUCUAGUGUAAAAUGUCUAAGGAGACAUCCCAGGGUCCCAUGGUAACUUCCUUCACAAAAAAAUGCACAGAUGGUCCAACGUUGUACAGUGCAGAGCGAGGUCUUUUGCCUAGAAGCCAUCUUACUGAUGUAAUAACUCAAAAUAAUAUGAGGGAGAAGAGGAUGCUGGAGCUGAAGCUGAAACAACUAAGCAGAACAACAAGUGAAACCUUACACUUCAACGAGUUUCUGAAAGAGAAAUUUGUUAGUGAGCUGCACAAGAAGAGCGAUCGCUGGGAAAAAGAACACAAGGCUUUCAUGAAAUAUCUUCAUCUGGACAAAAAGAGUAGACACUCCAUCGCAUUGCCAUCUGGAAAGCCUCAGCCUCUAGUGGUGAAGAAAUGUUACUGUCACAAGCCGACCAAGGUCACCGACAGAAAGUGCCACCAUGUGAAAACUGCAGACACUACAACUUAAACUGAUGCGGGACCAUGGACAUGGAGAAAGUUAUAGACCACAUAGACUAAUUCACUGCCUCCAGUAACCAGCUUCUCUGCACUUUAUCUUUAGGAAUACCUAUGUCCAUUCCUUAUUGUCCUAUUAAACUCUGUCGCAUCAAUAAAGUGGA